GUCAUAUGUGCGUUUAAAAUGCGCAGAAACAGACACUAAAAUGAAUGGUUUGUGUAAAUAUCGCUGAGUUUAUGUAGCAUGAUUUAUAACUUUGAAUGUUAUGUGUAACAUUAGUAUGUUCUGAUAGUAUAUAGAUUACGUUUAUAUGUGUCAUUAAGACAUUUAUGAAAUUAAAAGGAAAACAGUUUUGUGGUUGUUUUGUUAUGUCAUUAUGUCAACAGACCAAAUGGCCAAAGAGAAUCAUCAAUCAAUGCUGGCAGUAUGUGUGAAUGAAGCAAACACAUUGUAUUUAAAACAAGUUCCUCGACCUGAGGCUAAAGAUGGACAGCUGCUUAUUAAAGUCACUGCAACUGCUCUGAACAGAGCUGAUCUUCUUCAGAAAAGAGGCCUGUACCCGCCUCCACCCGGAGAGAGUGAUAUUUUGGGUCUGGAGGUUAGUGGGGAGAUCGCUGGCAUUGGUCCUGGGGUCCGGAUGAGCUGGAAGCUGGGAGACAGAGUAAUGGCUUUGCUUGGAGGAGGGGGUUAUGCAGAAUAUGUGGCUGUUCCAGAGGAGCUUGUCAUGCCCGUUCCAUCACAACUCACUCUCUGUCAAGCUGCAGCCAUACCUGAGGCCUGGCUUACUGCUUAUCAGCUUCUGCACCUCAUUGCCAAAGUGAAGCCGAAUGAGACAGUGUUGAUUCACGCUGGAGCGAGUGGAGUUGGUAGCGCUGCCAUUCAGCUGGUUCGAUUGUGUCGUGCCGUUCCGAUAGCAACAGCAGGAAGUUCAGAAAAGUUACGUUUCACAGAGCGACUGGGCGCAGCUGCAGGAAUCAAUUACAGAGAGAAAGAUUUUUCUGAAGAGGUUUUGCACUUCACUGCAGGCAGGGGUGUUGAUAUAAUUCUGGACUGUGUCGGUGGAUCUAGUUGGGAACAGAAUGUCCGUAGUCUCGCAGCAGAUGGAAGAUGGGUGCUUUACGGCACAUUGGGAGGUAAAACGGUGGAUGGAGAUUUUCUUGGCAAGCUUUUAAUGAAAAGAGGCAAUCUUCUUUGCAGUCUCCUCAGAUCAAGAAGUUUACAGUAUAAAGCAGAGCUUGUAAGAAGUUUUACAGAGGAGAUUUUGCCACAUUUCCAGUUAACAGAUCCACCGCUGCGGCCUGUGAUUGACAGCACAUUCAACAUGGACGACAUUGAAAAUGCUCAUCAACGUAUGGAGGCCAAUCAAAAUAUUGGGAAAAUAAUUAUAAAAAUAGGAAAAUCUUGAUAAUUUAGUGCAAUCUACACUGAUUUAUCUCCUGUACUGACCCGUGUCAUAAAGACAUCUCUCUGUUUAUUUAGAGCAAGACUCAGCAUAAACUGUAUCAUGUGUCAUUUAUUAUAUCAUUUUCAAUAGGAUUUAACACUGUCAGAGUUUUUU